AUGCCCACAGUGGCCCCUCUUGUGCAUGCGCCAACAACGCCUCAACGCAUAGACACAACCUUCGAUGCAUCCCUGGCCGUCCCUGUUACUGGCCUUUCUCCUACGAGUACGCCGACAGCCCUUCGGUCACAUAUCGAGGCCAACGUUGCUCUAGUAUGGCCAUAUUCAAAUUCAACCGCUACUUUCAGUCUUUUACUAGUCGAUCAUACGUCUCGUGGCCAGGUCAAGGUAGUCUUUCGAGGCGGCUGUGCCAAACAGGUCGCAAACACCAAGGUGGGCAUAGGUGACAAAAUAAAGCUGGCCCUCGUUGGCUGUGAAUGGAAGGAAACUGUCGAUAUAUUAUCUACUCCGGGAAAGAGACUAGAAUGGGAUUUACAAUUCCACUCCCGCCUAGUCCUACAAAUCCAUUCACAAGAUCGGAGCGCUAUCUUGCUAGACUAUACGGCUCCUGACUCCCAGUCCACCGUUCCCAUAUCUGACACUGAAAAUAUUCUGCGAGCCAGAAAUUCCGCCAUCAAGGCUUCGUUGAAUGGCUUGGCGCUUCAGAAGCCGAGCGCCAUCCAGGUCCCCUACUUGACACCCUCCAAACCCACUCGACAACCCACUCGGGGCAAUUUCUUCGCCAGCUCUUUCGCAACCCUAGCCAAUGAUGAUGGCUACAUUGUCGGGCGAGGUCGAAAGCGCACCAAAUUUGCCAGACACAGUGGCGACUGGGAUUUGGUUGACGAUGAACGAGUCGCACCGGACACUAACUCUCCCCGAGGCGCUGAAGUCGAUGGGAACAAAUCGGAAUUCGAUGGGGCAGUCGGACUGCCAGUAGAAGCGAGGCUGAAAGUUGUACAACAAAAAGUCGGUAACAAUGAGGCACCGAGGAUGGAUAGCGAUACUGAGAAUGAAAGUCCGCCCAGAACGGCCCCUGUAUCUUCAGACCUACAGCAGGAAAUGUUCGAAGAUGUGCUGAUAGAGGCUGCACUCGACAAGCAUAUGCAACAGAAAUCGUCCGUUAUCUCGACAACAGACCCUCAUCCCAGUGUUCCACCGCAAGGUGCAACCGUUAUGGGACCUCCAUCAACACCGUUGAAGCAGCUUCAUCUUUCACAAAAUCCGGAUAUACUAUUGCCUCGUACCGGUGAGCGUGAUGUCGAUCGAGCAACAACCCCUCGUAUUCUCCCUCUAGCCUCGCCUGGAUUACCUUUGGUCUCUCCAUUAGUUCAACAGAGCGGAGUUGAAGUUGGCUAUUUCCCAAUUUUUCAGGAAGGCUUGUCUCAAUUGGAUGCUUCUGGUGGGGGCAGGUCCGACCAUUCAGCCAUUGAUCCGAUGCUGGAAAUUUCCGACAAUAAGACUGCAGCCUCAGACGAGUCUCCCGUCAUCGUUGAAGAGCGUGUCUCUGAGUCGUGGGAGCUACAGGAGAGGCGAAAGAGCGACUCACCCUCGGAUACCCAGAUUUUCGCAUCUUAUAACCAUGCCAUCCAACCAAAUGAUUACCCAACUCCAGAGCAAACGCAGCCUUCUCUACUGCCUGAUCAAUGGCUAUCUACUCUCGAAGCCAGUAUCGCACAGGAGCUCUCAAACAAUGAUCAGCCUUCACCCGUAAAUGUUGAGUCGGAACCCACAGUUUUCGUCGCCGAAACUCACUCUCAUCCCAACGUACCAGCCGAAAGGUUACACAAUAUACACACCACCGGUGUAAUGGGGGUGGAGACUGGAGACCUAUACGGCGCGCCUGAAGGCGACCUCACAGAAACUCCAGAGCCGCAACCUCAGAUCUCGCAAACUGAACAUGGUGAUCUACAUGCGCCAUUUCAACUUUCGCAAUCAGAGAUCAGUGCUUCUACAUUUUUUACCUCCAAUCACAUGGUAGACAUAACUGCUGUUGACGUGGUAGAGCCAUCCGUUCAUGCACAUUGGGCGACAGAUGCUCUAAGACUGGACGCGGCUGUCACUGCCUCGGACUUCAGCUCAUUUCCAGUACAUGAUCAAGUUGAGGGCGCCGGCUGGAUUGAGUCGCUCGAUGGCAAUGUUGAAUCGCGGGAACGCUUUCAUGAGGACGCCGCGAGCACCGGAAAUCAACCAGGGACUAUACUUCCAGAUCAAAGAAGUGAAAUUCAUAUUGAUGACCAACAACAAAGCGCCUCAGUACGCGCUGAGCAUACCGAACUACCAACAGAAUCAAAUACUGAUCUCGCCAAUCAGGAUCUUGACAUCAAAUCCCCAGCACAUGAGCAGCAUGCAGCGCCCGCCAUUCCGCUCUUUGUACACCAGUCCAGCGCAAGUGUCGAUUACACUCAUUUACCUACACCAGACCAGACUCAGAAAGAGAACAAUUCUCUGGAUUACAGACCGGAGGUUGUCCCAGCUGAGAACCAAAUCACCCUUCCCUCUCCCCAGCCAUCACAAGAAAAGUACAAAACUGAUAUCUCAGAGAAGGACCCGGACAAUGAGCCGGCAUCGCAAUCAGCCACGCAAGCCUUUCAAGUUGCGACUCCCUCUGGGCCGAGAGUAGUUGCACCUCUACGAUCAUCACAACGAUUGUCGUCUAGAAAUACAGCCCUGUCAAAAAGCAUUUCUAGCCCUUUCUUUACGCCUCGAAGGUCAGCAAGAUUUUCAACUUCUCCUUCACGUGAAGAAACUAUCCCUCCCUCGAGCCCUCUGAGUCACACAUACCCUUCCUCGCCGAAUCAAACCCUAGAGCACCAAGAAAGGUCUACAGACAUGAUGGUUCACCAACUCCCCUCUCCCGUUCUUCCAUCCUUCGAGCCUUUGGCAACUGGCGACAGCGGCCUGACCACUCCACUGGCCUACUACCCCCGUCUCUCUUCCCUCAAUGAGCACUUUGGCCAGCUCAUAGAUGUCAUCGCUGUCUGUACUAGAUCAUCUUCCAAGGCUGAACGUGCAAAAGCUGGACCGAAAGACUAUCACACAAGCCUGCAUCUUAUUGAUCUGUCAUGCGAACUGUACCAGAAUCCUCAUGUACUUGCACAAGUCUUCCGUCCAAUGAAGAAAGCACUUCCCACAGCUCAAGCCGGCGAUGUAGUCAUCUUACACAAUUUCAAAGUUCACACAGUUAAGAGGAAUUUUGCGCUCCUAAGUAGUGAUACCUCUUCAUGGGCGGUCAUCUCCUUCAGCUCCAACUCAUCUAAGCCGAAAGUUGUCUCGUCUGGUCCUCCGCUAGAGCAAGGUUCUUCAGAGGCAGACUAUGCCUGGUCACUCUUUCGCUGGUGGAAUGACAACAUCACCUCGAAUCAGAUGGAUUAUAAACCGGACGAAGGCCAUGGAGCUCGCGAAUCUUCCGAUGGUCCUGCAACGAGAACUAGGCUUCGAGUAGCCAGGCAGGUACUUGGAUCUACCACGUCACCACGACAAUCCAGUAAAUCGCUCCCUGCGGCCAGACGACGACGAGCCAACCUGACGGACAACUUCUCCAACGAGGGAGAUGGCGGACAAGCUUUGGAGGAUAGUGACAGGGACGACACUCCUUCACCUCGGGCAGAUCGAAUCAGCACGCGGCGUGACUCAACUGUUUCCACAGCACCUUCCACAGCCACACAGAACCAAGACAGGGAAACGACUCCACGCAGAAGCGGCAGGGAGGCAAGGUCGCCCAGCGUUGUUCAUGAGCUUCGAGAUGGCACUAAAUAUGUGGAUGAACCCGAUCGACGUGGCAGCAGCGUGGUCCACGAACUGAGAGAUGGGCUCACUUACAUUGACGAAUGA